AUGACAAAACCGUUCCGACUGUUUAUUGUAUUGAAAAUUCACAUGUGUUUAGUGCAAUAGAAAAUCAUCGGGAUUGUUUAUCAAAAUUGUAUGUUCAUUGUCGGAACAAUUAGAGAACACCGGAAUAAAAGACAAGCGUUUUUAUGUCCAGUCAAGAAGAAGAUGUCCAGGAACCAACGGAUGAGGUUUUUUACGGUUUUCGGUGCUGUCAUUAUCAUAAUGCUCAUGUAUAAAUUUUCCUCGGCCAAAGAGAUCCUCUCCAGGACACAAGAAUAUUCCGUUACAGGGUUACCGAUGCGCCAUCAAAUCAAGCAAAAUGUUACUAACAAAAUCAAUAGCAGCACCAGCAAUAAUCAUGGCAGUAAUAGGAGCAUUUAUCUGGAGGGGAAUAAAAGUUUUCAAUCCCUUGUGGCUGUUUCCAACCAACUGACAGAGUCGUCGGGGAUCGAAGAUAUCAAGACAAUUUUGCGGAAACAAUUUAUUGAAAUGAAGAAAUACAGUAGCAGCAUACAAACAUUAAGUGGUCCCUCCGCGUUGCCUGUACUUCGAGAGCUGGCAAUGAAACUGUAUGAACCAGGCCACCUAAACGAAGAGAUUGAUAUACAGAAGAUAUGUAUGCACAGGGGGUUAUCCCUACGGCUGCUCAUUCUGAUCACCUCAGCACAGUCCAAUUUUAAAGAAAGAAUGUCCAUAAGGCGGACCUGGAUGAACUAUGGAAGCAGGCAAAUUGUCGGCAUGGCUUUUAUCCUUGGCCGUACCACGAAUGCAUCCCUGAACGAGGCUCUCAACAAGGAGAACAAUAUGUAUGGCGAUAUGAUACGAGGACACUUCAUAGACUCUUACUUCAAUCUCUCUCUGAAGACGAUCUCGAUGCUUGAAUGGGCAGAUACACACUGUCCCAAUGUGAAAUUCAUCCUUAAGACUGAUGAUGACAUGUUCAUCAAUGUUCCUAAACUGCUCGAUUUCAUAGACGCUCGGUACAAGAACGAGCGAACUAUCUACGGGCGAUUGGUCGAGGACUGGAAACCCAUCCGAAAAAGAACGUCAAAGUAUUUUGUUCCAUAUAAAUUAUAUAACGGCUGGCAGUAUCCACCGUUUACCACCGGACCCGCGUACCUCCUCACUGGCGACAUUGUCCAUGAGCUAUACGUGCAAUCACUCAACACUUACUAUAUGCAACUAGAAGAUGUCUUGAUCACGGGCUUCGUGGCCAAAAGGUUGAAGAUUAGGAGGGAGCACGCCAACGAAUUUCUCAACAGCCGAAUCUCGCUGCGUCCGUGCAAAAUUCGCAACGCGAUCAGCGUGCACAAGAUCAAGCCAAGGGAACAAUAUCAUCUUUGGAGGGACCUGUUGGAUUCGACUAUAAAGUGUAAAUAGUUUUUUUUUCAAUUACCUAAGGACUAAAUCUAUGUAAAUGAACAGCAUUUAUCUAAAGGCCAAAGGGAAAGAUUUUAAAUCGUUUCGAACGCGUCUAGAUAAAUUUAAGUCUCUAUCUCAAUCCACCUUGGAUUGGUUAACGUUUUAGGCGCCAACGCAUACACCAGACUGUGAUUUGAUUCAACGGAACACAUAUCAGAUAAAGUUGGGAAUGUUUACAGUUUUAAUAAGCUGUUCCAAAAAUAAAGGUUAACAAUAAAACUA